UUGCUUUCAGGUGUUUUUAUCGUGGGAGCUAAACGAACGGCAUUUGGUACGUUCGGAGGAAAACUGAAAAAUCACUCCGCAACUGACCUCGGCGUUUUCGCCACCAUCGCCGCUCUUCAACAUGCCUCCGUCAAAGCCGAUAAUAUCGAUCACGUCAUUUUUGGUAAUGUAGUCGCAAGUUCUAAGGAUGGCAUAUAUUUGACACGACAUAUCGGGCUGAGAAGUGGAGUCCCUCAGAAUAUACCAGCUCUCACAGUGAAUCGUCUCUGCGGAUCAGGAUUUCAGGCUUUGAUCAAUGCUGCACACCAAAUCAAACUCGGCGAAUCAAAACUCGUCGUGGCAGGAGGUACUGAAAACAUGACUCAAACACCAUUUGCUGUUCGAAAUGUUCGAUUCGGUACUGCACUCGGAAUGAAAUAUGAGUUCGAAGACAUGCUAUGGGAGUCACUCACAGAUUCAUACGCUAAACUUGCAAUGGGUCAAACUGCGGAGAAGCUUGGAGCGCAGUACAAGGUGAGUCGUAAUGACGCUGACGCUUUUGCUCUUCGCUCACAGCAGCUCUGGAAGAAAGCUCAGGAUGCAGGAUUCUACAAGGCAGAAAUUGCACCUAUGAAUGUUAAAGGGAGAAAGGGCGAAGAGACAUUUGAGGUGGACGAGCAUCCUCGACCAGAGACAACCAUGGAAUCCUUGGCCAAAUUGAAACCAGUAUUCCAAAAAGACGGUCUGAUCAAUGCAGGAAAUGCCUCAGGUAUAUGUGAUGGCGCUGCUGCAAUGGUCGUCGCUGGAGAGGACGCUAUCAAAGAAUAUGGAUUGAAACCCUUGGCUCGAGUUGUCAGUUACGCGACUGUUGGUUGCGAUCCAACGAUUAUGGGCAUCGGACCAGCACCCGCCAUACGCCAGGUUCUAGCCCAUACUGGUCUGAAGAUCGACGACAUCGAUAUCUUCGAGGUAAACGAAGCGUUCGCUCCUCAAGCCCUGGCCGUCCAACGAGAACUCGGAAUUCCCAUGGAGAAGCUCAACCUGAACGGUGGUGCCAUCGCUCUUGGUCAUCCUCUAGGUGCUUCUGGAGCACGAAUCAGUGUUCACCUAACUCAUGAACUGAAGAGACGUAACAUGAAGUAUGCCAUUGGAUCAGCUUGCAUAGGAGGCGGCCAAGGAGUCGCAGUUCUUUUUGAAAAUACCGACUAA